CGUUUUUGAUUAGUGAGUAGAACGACGCCGUUUGUGCUGCCGGUGGAAAAAAAAAAAAGAAAAAAAAGGGAUUUGGAAUUUUGCGAUUUUGGGAUCUACCAGAAAAGCAGGAUUAAUCGGGGGGUCGGUCUCUCUGCUGUCUCCUCCUCGGCAAUUCGAUCACGACGGCUCUCAUUCAUCAAUCACGGCAAGGACGACGCAUCUCCAUCUCGCGCAGGUCUGCUUGGGAGAUGGAUCUGGUCCGGUGAUUUUGUUUCUUUACGAGCGAGAUUUAAAUAGAUAGAAUGGCUUGGUUCAGUGGAAAAGUUUCUCUGGGAGGAUUCCCAGAUCUCACCGGGGCUGUCAAUAAAUUCCAGGAGAGCGUUAAAAACAUCGAGAAGAAUUUCGACAACGCCCUUGGCUUUGAUGACAAGUCCGAAGAAUCUGCCCCCGCUGAAGCUUCAAGUAUGUGGCCACCUGCUGUUGAUACCAAAAGUCUCUUCGAUCCUGUUAUGUCCUUCAUGGGUAACACCUCCGAUGAUAAGCCAGAUACUUUAGAAGACUCCGUCAGUACAGAUAAUCCGUCUCUUAUUGAAGGAACAGAAGAAAAAGAAGAAGAAGAAGAAGAAGAAGGAUCUGUUAAUCUUGCUACUGAAGAAGCAGUAUCUGUUGAAGCAAAGAAAGAAACUAAUGUGAUAAGAGAAGCUGAUCAAGCAGAAAUUCCCGAGGUAACAGAGACUACUGUUGUUUUAGAUCUCAAAGAUGAUGAUGAUGAUCCUGAAUCACAGAUGGUUCUCGAAGACUCUUCUCUUCAGAAUCCUGCAUCAUCAGGUUACAUGACUAGUCCUGAACCUAAUGAAAAGCCCCAAAUGACAGCUUCUCAAGAUUCACAUCCCGAGUCAGGAGGAGAUGCUGAAUCAGAGGUUGAGGAAUCACAGCCAGAAGACGCUGUAACAAGACAAGUUACUCUAGAUAACAAAGACGCAAUUUACCCCCCUGUGUUAGAUGGACUGCAUAAGUCUACUGAUACGGAUGAGACAACAACUCAACAGGAAACUCUGGAAGAGAGAACCUCGAUUAGAAAUGAUGAAGUUUCACCUGAUAUAAAUAAUGUACAUAGUACAGAGUCUCCUGAUGCUCAUCCGUCAAUUUCUGAGUCCGAUAGUCCUCCUCAUGAGUCUUCUGUACCAAAGAGAUCUUCUUCAGAUGAAAUUUCAGAGAGAAUCGUAGAUCUUGUGUCUUCUGAACUAGAUUCAAGACUGGAUGCUAGUGAAUUCAAUGAAAACCAGCGUUCAAGCUCGGCUACAAAUGUUUCCGACUCCGCUGAUGUUGUUCUGGAAUUAGAGAAGACCAAAAAGGAAAUGAAAAUGUUGGAAAAUGCCCUGCAAGGUGCUGCAAGGCAAGCUCAGGCAAAGGCUGAUGAGAUUGCGAAGUUGAUGCAUGAAAAUGAGCAGCUAAAAUCUGUCUCUGAGGAUUUGAAGAGGAAAUCUAAUGAAGCUGAAGUUGAGUCUUUGCGAGAAGAAUACCAUCAAAGAGUUGCAACUCUUGAGAGGAAGGUUUAUGCUCUCACCAAAGAGCGGGAUACACUUAGAAGAGAACAGAACAAGAAAAGUGAUGCUGCGGCCCUUUUGAAGGAAAAAGAUGAAAUUAUAAAUCAAGUUAUGGCUGAAGGCGAAGAGCUUUCAAAGAAACAGGCUGCUCAAGAAGCUCAGAUCAGAAAGCUAAGGGCUCAGAUUAGAGAGGGCGAAGAAGAGAAGAAAGGACUGAUCACAAAGCUUCAGUCUGAAGAAAAUAAGGUUGAAAGCAUUAAAAGGGAUAAGACAGCUACAGAAAAGUUGCUGCAAGAGACCAUUGAAAAACAUCAAGCCGAACUUACUUCUCAGAAAGACUAUUACUCAAAUGCAUUAGCUGCAGCGAAGGAAGCUCAAGCAUUAGCUGAGGAGCGUACCAACAAUGAAGCGAGAACAGAGUUAGAGAAUCGUCUAAAGGAGGCCGGCGAGAGGGAAUCUAUGCUAGUCCAGGCGCUGGAAGAAUUGAGGCAAACCUUAAGCAAAAAGGAGCAACAGGCAGUGUUUAAGGAAGACAUGUUCCGUGGAGAAUUUGAGGACCUUCAAAGACGUUAUCAGGCUAGUGAGCGAAGAUGUGAGGAAUUGAUCACUCAGGUUCCUGAGUCGACAAGGCCUCUCCUAAGACAGAUUGAGGCUAUGCAGGAAACUACAACCAGAAGAGCAGAAGCUUGGGCUGCUGUAGAAAGAACUCUGAAUGCUCGAUUGCAGGAAGCAGAAACUAAAGCUGCAACAGCUGAAGAACGAGAACGCUCUGUGAAUGAACGUCUCUCACAAACUUUAUCAAGGAUCAAUGUUCUAGAGGCCCAGCUUUCAUGCCUCAGGGCAGAACAGGGCCAGUUAAGCAAGUCGCUUGAGAAAGAGAGGCAGAGAGCAGCAGAAAAUAGACAGGAGUAUCUGGCAGCUAAGGAGGAAGUAGAUACUCUAGAAGGUCGAGCAAACCAACUUGAGGUGGAAUUAAGGGAACUUCGGAGAAAACAUAAGCAAGAGUUACAAGAAGUUCUGCUCCACAACGAGCUUAUUCAAAAGGACCUAGAGAGGGAGAAGGCUUCACGUUUGGAUCUUGAAAGAACAACCCGUAUCAAUUCCUCAGCCUCCGAACAGCUUCCGAUAGCAAGGCAAAAUUCUGCCUUUGAGAAUGGAGGCUUGUCAAGAAAGCUCUCAAGCGCAGGCAGCCUUGGAAGCAUGGAGGAGAGCUAUUUUCUGCAAGCUUCUCUUGAUUCUUCAGAUAAGUAUUCUGAGAAGAGAAGCACGCCUGAGGCAACUAUGAGUCCGUACUACAUGAAGAGCAUCACACCUAGUGCUUAUGAAGCCACACUUCGACAGAAAGAGGGCGAACUUGCUUCAUAUAUGUCCCGCUUGGCAUCAAUGGAGUCUAUCCGAGAUUCCCUGGCUGAAGAACUAGUCAAAAUGACAGCAGAGUGUGAGAAAUUACGGGGGGAGGCAGAUAGGGUCCCGGGCAUAAAGGCAGAGCUGGAAGCACUAAGGCAAAGGCAUGCAGCUGCUCUGGAGUUGAUGGGUGAAAGAGAUGAGGAGUUGGAGGAACUUCGAGCGGAUAUAGUGGACUUGAAGGAGAUGUACAGGGAGCAAGUGAAUAUGCUGGUGAACAAGAUCCAAUGAGGGAAGCAAGGGGAAGAUGGCGAUCAAAGUGUUGGCAGGCUCAGGCUCAGGCUCAUGAGUAGGCUCAGGCUAAUCCCUGUAACCCACUAUUGUAUAGCUAUAAGCUAACAACUAAAGUCCAGUAUUUCCUCCAUUUGUCCUAUCCUAUGUAUCUCAGGUAUUGAACCCGAGGCUUUUCAAAACAAAUUUUGCUGCUCGGAAGAAAAUGUUUUUUUUUUUUUGCUUACGGGUUAAUUCGUAAAUUAUAUUGGAGAAAAGAAUAAUAAUAGAGUGAGCUUGUGUGA